CAUGACACCAGGAAACCUAUCAGAUACUGCAGAAUUUCUCCUCUUAGGACUCUCUGAGGAUCCAGAACUGCAGCCCCUCCUCUUUGGGCUGUUCCUAUCCAUAUACUUGAUCACUAUAGCUGGGAAUCUGCUCAUCAUCCCGGCCAUCAUCUUUGACUCUCACCUCCACAUGCCCAUGUACUUCUUCCUCUCCAACCUGUCCUUUGUAGACAUCUGUUUCAGUACCACCAGAGUCCCCAAGAUGCUGGCGACCCAGACACAGAGAAAAUCCAUCAGUUACACAGGCUGCCUUACCCAGAUCUGCUUUGUCCUGACUUUUGCUGGACUGGAAAAUGGAAUUCUGGUAAUGAUGGCGUAUGAUCGAUUUGUGGCCAUCUGCCACCCACUGAGGUACACAGCCAUCAUUGAUCCCAAGCUCUGUGGGCUACUGGUUUUGCUGUCCUUCCUCAUUAGUGUUCUGGAUGCCCUGCUCCACACUUUGAUGGCACUGCGGCUGUCCUUCUGCUAGAAUCUGGAAAUUCCACACUUCUUUUGUGAAUUAGCUCAUGUUCUCAAGCUUGCCUGUUCUGAUAUCCUCAUCAAUAACAUCUUGGUCUAUGUAGUGACCAGUCUUUUGGGUGUUGUUCCUCUCUCUGGGAUAAUUUUCUCUUAUACUCGAAUUGUCUCCUCUGUCCUGAAAAUUCCAUCAGCUGGUGGAACGUAUAAGGCUUUCUCCAUAUGUGGGUCACACUUAAUAGUUGUUUCAUUAUUCUAUGGGACAGGUUUUGGGGUGUACCUUAGUUCUGAAGCUAGUCACUUCUCUAGGAAGAGUGCAAUAGCCUCAGUAAUGUACACUGUGGUCACCCCUAUGGCAAACCCCUUUAUCUACAGCCUGAGGAACAAGGACAUGAUGGGAGCUUUGAGGAAUCUCAUCUAUAGAAUAUUCUCUUUACAUUGA